UGCUACACACAUUGGUGCAGUUUACAAGGAGGUUUUGAGCAGCUGUUUGCUGCUUGGCAACAGGAGUUGAGUCGAUCUGUGUUUUUUCUUUGAUAUACGUACACCUUUAGUACUUAAAAAUGACGAAAAUGGUUGAUGCUGCCCUAAGCUCUGCCGGAGGCAAAGUUGUGCUGGCUACAUCAAGUGAUGAGAAGCAUACACCAGAAAACAUUAUUGAUGGGAGAACAGAUACCUUUUGGAUGACAACAGGAAUGUUUCCUCAGCAGUUCAUUAUCAGCUUUAGUAAUCCUAUAAAAAUCAACACUGUGACAAUCCAGUGUUACAAUGUAAGAUGUUUAAGCAUUGAGAAAAGUGCAUCUACAGAAGUUGCAAACUUUGAAAAAUGUACUGAAAAAGAAUUACAACAUGUGGAAGGACAACUACAAACAGAGGAAUUUGCUCUCAGUCAGAUCAGAGCCACACAUCUGCGCUUCACCAUUAAGUCUGGAUUUGAUCAUUUUGUAUCUGUACACAGAGUAAUGGUUGAGGGAUCUGCAAGCAACAUAUAAACAGAAGUGUGUGUUUUUAUAUUAUUUUGGAUAAAGUUAUAUAUGUAGUUUUUGAUAUGGAAUCUAUUAUAUAGCUCACAUAGUAUGUAAAAUAAAUAUUAAAACAUUUUUGUUGAAAACCUAAAUAAGUACUUUUUACUGUGGUGCUGACCAAGUACUCAUUAACUACAUUUCAUUAGACUGAAUCCUUAUGGAGGCUUAUAGUGUUAGCUUCAGAUUGUAAUAGUUACCCAUUGCACUGUGCAGGCAUAGUAAAUCAGACUAUGAGCACCCUCAUAAAGAGUCCGUCUGUGGGCACUGUUGCUUCACAAACUAGAAUGUAACAUUUUUUCUGCAAAAUCCCACAUUCGUGGACAUCUGCACAUCCACUUGCUGCACACUCUGAUGUAAUGUACUGGCUAAAAUGUAAAUUUGUCCCUAAAGGGAACCUACCAAUUCUUUUUUUUAUUAUAGAGCUGAAUCUUUGCUGUCAUUGUUAAAGUCCUGAAUUUGCAUGCCUAUGUGCCAUACGUAUCUACAUCGCUGUCAGAUUAUCAGCCAAGUCCUGCAUUAGAAUUGCCUAUACUGUCUCAUGGAAGAGCAUAAUGCUGAAAACUGCUACACAUGCCAAAGAUUAAGCCUAGCUACUUAACACUGAGUGUGGGAAGGUUGUUAGCCCACUUCAGAAAGAUGGUGAAAGUCAAAAGCUACUCACAAGGGGGGGCCAGCAGGAAGGUUCCUCUUUUCAUCUACAAGCAUACAUCAGAGUAUCACCACAAAGACCAUAUCUGGGACAAGGACUAUCCACAAACCUUGUCAAGGUAUACUUGAUGUUAAUUUGACCAUCUGAAACCUUGAAGUUGAGAGCUCAUCACUGAUAAGCAAAGGCUCAAGCUCAAAACUGUCCUGUUCCUUAAAGACCUUGGGGAGAUGCUUUACAUUAUACUUGCUUGAUGACAGAAAACAUCAGCAAAUGUAUCUAGUUUACCCUUUAUGUGCAUUUAACAUUCUGCAUUGCCUUACAUGGUGUCUUAGCUCUCAUCUCUUUUUUUAUUUAUCUUUGCUGCCUGUUCUUCUAGUCUAUUCCUUGGGUUCAUAAAUCUCUCUCUCUAUGAAAAGGUGCUUUUGCUAGAUACAUGAAAUAGGUGGCCCCCACAAUCUGCUGCCUGUAUAUCUCUCCCCACCCCACCUUUCCUGUUCAGGACAACCUGCCCUUCAAAUAUUGCCCAUCUUUUCUGGUUUUAGAUAAAAUGAGCUUAUAGUUGUUUUUGUCUCUGGUUAUAUCCUUUUUUCCCUGCAUUCAGUGUACACCUCUGGUGACUUUUCUCUGGACUUCUGACAGCUUGAUAUCUCUGCCUUGUAUAACCUCCAGAUCAAUACACAUUACUUAGUGAUGCCUGAUGAGGACCUGGUACAGCAGAAGCAUUACCUACUUAAUUCUGGAGUUUACCUCUCAGAUGAUAAAGCUCAGAAGUUUCUUGGCUGUUGCUACUGCCCUCUCACGCUGCUCCUGGAGGUCCUAUUCAUGUGUGAUUAACACCUGAACCUCCAUUUUCUGCUCUGUUGUAAACAUUUCUACUCCAUUAGGUGUACUUCACACCAGAGCUGUUGUGGCUUGAUGUAUAUUGCCAGGACAUCAAUGAGAAUGAGACUGUGAAACAUUCAAGUCCACGGUUCUUAUUCAUAGGAUUAUUACCAUGCUAAAAUUUUUUUAACUACAUGGCUGUAGGAGGCAAGAUGAGACAAUCUCAACUAAAAGCAAGAAUGCCCUGCGUUAUAAUACAAGCAUAAACCCAGCCUAUCCUAGGAUGUUUAUAUAUUUACAUUAGAAAACAAAGUAGACAUGACUCGUCAUACUAUCCCACAGUAACAAAGGAGUGUCCAAAAGUUCUUAUGUUUUUGUCUUGUUGUCAGACAAGUGAGAUCAUGAGUUUUCACCUACAGGGAAAACGGUUAUACUUGACCUCUUAAAAUCAUGAUUUUUAAUAUGCAAAAUCUAUUAACGUGUGUUUACUAUUGUCUUUUAUCUUUUAUACCAUGUGUUCAUUUCUUGAUUGUGUAUUUAAUCUAUAUCAUUCAUUAUUUGCACUCUGUACUUAGAUGUCAUGUAUUUUUAUACUAACUGUUACUGUGAAACUGUCCUCCCCAUGCUUCCACUGAAAAUGAAUCUUGCAUGACACAGUCAGACUAUCCCAAUAAAUAAAGUGCAAUAAACAAAUAAUAAAUAAA